AUGAAGUUUCUCGAGGCGUUUACACGUGCAGCCAAACGUCAGCACGUGUCUGGUCGUGCCCAGCGCGGUCUCUUCGCAGGUCGUGAUAAAGCAUUUGGUAACAACGUAUCAUUUUCCAAGCGCCGCACUCGUCGAGCGUGGAAGGUCAACCACCAGUGGAAGUCUUUGUAUUCGGAGGCGCUGGAUGAAAAAGUAGGUCUUAAUGUUACGACUCACACUUUGCGUUGCGUGGACAAGAGCGGCGGCUUGGACAAUUACCUUUUAAGUGUCAAAGACGAGCGCGAUCUUGGCGUGAGAGGACUCACAACUCGCAAUCGCAUCCUAGCAGCAUUGGCCAAAGACUAA